CCUCACUUCGGUAUCGUUCCUUUUGUAUUCCUUUCUUGGUAUAGAUUUCUAGAGGAAUUUUUGGUCGUUGUCGUUGUUUCGACCUGCCAUACUCUGUAUAUUUAAGCACGUACUCCACCUUAAAAAAAUUGACUCGAGUUCGACACAUGUUUAGUAACAGCAAUGCCGGGAUUCCAGGGGUUGAGACAAGACAGCAACCCACAUCAGUUGAAUGGAUACAAGUCUCAAGCUUCUUCCAACGGCAUCACAGACGGUUUCCAGAAUGGCACCACAACACCAUCAAGAGCAUCGCAACUGAAGACACUUCUCGAGGCCACCUUGGACCAGCUGAUUCCUUUUGUCCAACGAGCCGACGAUGAAGUCGAAGCUCACCAGCUUCAACGGGCGAUAGGCAGUACCUCGCUCGUGGAAAGUCACCCGCCUGACGAACUGAGGUCGAUCCUGUCGCGAGAUGGGACACUCUCACUCCCGGACGACGGCACCGGCCGUACAGGACUGCUCGACUCUCUGGCGUCGAUCCUGAAAUACAGCGUCAACACAUCUUCUCCGGGAUUCUUGGACAAACUCUACGCCGCACCUUUACCCCCCGGCAUAGCGGCGGACUUGAUCCUGAGUGUCCUCAACACGAACCUCCACGUCUAUCAAGUGUCUCCAGUGCUCUCGCUGAUCGAAACGCACGUCGCCAAAGAACUGGCGUCGAUGUUCGGCUUUACCGGUCCAAGGGCCGGAGGGAUCAACGUCCAGGGUGGAAGCGCGAGUAAUCUAACCAGCAUCGUGAUUGCGCGAAACUCGUUGUUCCCCCAGACCAAGACACUCGGCAACAGUGCGGAUGGCUUGCGACUCGUCAUGUUCACUUCCGAACACGGGCAUUACAGCAUAGAAAAGGCUGCACAGCAAUGCGGAUUCGGGUCCGAGAGCGUCGUUCCGGUCCCCGUCGACCCGGUCACUGGAACGAUGGACGCGGACGCGCUCGAGUCGUUGAUCGUGCGGGAGAAGCGAGUCAACGGGACGACACCGUUUUACGUCAACGCCACGGCCGGGAGCACGGUUCUGGGUUCGUUCGACCCCUUCGUCGCCGUCUCGCGGGUCGCCCGCAAGUACGGGUUGUGGAUGCACAUCGACGGCGCCUGGGGUGGAAGCUUUGUAUUCUCGGAGACGUUGCGCGGGCGGCCCCUACGAGGGUGCGAGUUGGCCGACAGUAUCGCCGUCAACCCGCACAAGAUGCUCGGUGUGCCCGUCACUUGUAGUUUCCUGUUGCUCAAGGAUCUGAGGGACGCCCACAGAUCCAACACUUUGAGGGCGGGUUACCUGUUCCACGAUACCGCCGAAGACGAGGACAACACCACCACCACCGAGGAGAACGGUGAGGAUGACUGGCCGCCACCGGAGGACCUCGCCGAUCUCACGCUCCAGUGUGGACGACGAGGUGACAGUCUGAAACUAUUUCUCUCCUGGCAGUACUAUGGCACGUCGGGAUAUCGCAACAAGAUCGAAACCGCUCACUCGGUCGCCUGCCACAUGGCGCAACUCGUCGAGGACCACCCCGACUUGGUGCUCGUGAGCACGAAUCCACCACCUUGCCUGCAAGUGUGCUUUUAUUAUGCCCCGGGAGGGAAAAUGACCUUUGACCUAACGAACCACCAGGUGGGGUCCUCCAACGGUGACCGGUCAGCGACAACCGUGGUGGAAGAAGUCGGGAAACGUAACACGGCCAUCACCAGCCGCAUGACACAAAAGUUGAUCUCUCGAGGUUUCAUGGUCGAUUUUGCCCCUGCCUUGAGCAAUGCGGUAGAAAGAGGUUCCUUUUUCCGGGGAGUGGUCAACAUUUCAACCACAAAAGAAACCGUCGAAAGGUUGAUUGAUGACCUCGUCGAGGUAGGCAAGGUUGUUGUGGAAGAGAGAAGAAGAAAGUGAGGUCGUCGGAGUCGGAGACUGCACAUAUUGUAAUAUACAGCCAUAAGUAUAGAAGAAUAUAAAACCGCAAGAUAGAAACAAUCUAG